AUGGCGCCCACUACCACCUCCAAAACUCAGACUGUGCAGACACCCCCCAAGACCGAGGGUCCUCCUAAGCUUUCAGACAUGACAGACAUCAUCGACCAGAACACAUUUGAACAGAUCCUGGAGAUGGACGACGAGGACGACGAUAGGGACUUCAGCAAAGGAAUUGUCUUUGGCUUCUUUGACCAAGCUGAACAGACCUUUGAAAAGAUGGAAAAGGCUCUAGAGGAGAAGGAUCUCAGCGAUCUGUCUUCACUGGGACAUUUCUUGAAAGGCUCAUCAGCUACUCUAGGUCUGACUAAGGUCAAGGAUGCAUGUGAGAAGAUCCAGAACCUCGGUGGCGGGAAGGAUGAGACGGGUACCAACAACGAAUCGAAAGGGGACGCUCUGGGCAAGAUUGAGAAAACCCUGUCGCAGUGCAAGGCGGACUACAAAGAAGUAGAGAAAUUCCUCCGCAGAUUUUACGGCGAAGAAGGCGACAAUGACAAGAACGACGAUAAAUAG